AAAAAAACUCUCAGUUUCAUUUGUUCUCUCUCUCUCUUACUGACCCGACCCACCCCGCCGCACCGGACCAAAAAUGCCUUUCAAGAGGUACGUCGAGAUCGGAAGGGUGGCUCUCGUCAACUACGGCGAGGACUACGGCAAGCUCGUCGUCAUCGUCGACGUCAUCGACCAGAACAGAGCUCUUGUGGAUGCCCCCGAUAUGGUGAGGUCCCAAAUGAAUUUCAAGAGACUUUCCCUCACUGACAUCAAGAUUGAUAUCAAGAGGGUCCCCAAGAAGAAGGAACUGCUGGCUGCAAUGGAGGCUGCUGAUGUGAAGAAGAAGUGGGAAAGCAGCUCUUGGGGUAGGAAACUGAUUGUUCAGAAGAGAAGGGCAUCUCUUAAUGACUUUGAUCGAUUCAAGCUCAUGUUGGCUAAGAUCAAGAGGGCUGGGCUGGUGAAGAACGAGCUUUCUAAACUGAAGAAGGGGGUUACAGCUUAAGCAAUACUCAGGCUUACAGUUUUGUCAUGAAUUUCUUUUUAAAACCAAACCUCGGAUUGUGUACCUUGAUUUUUGUUAAAAAGAUUUUAGAUUUCAGAGAAAUCAUUGAUAUCUGUUGUAUUAUUAAUGAUUGGGCACCUUCAGUUUAUUUUUCUCAACUCCCUUUCCAACUUUUA